CGGCCCUGUUAAAGUUCCGCGGUGGGGGGAAAGUAAGGGGGGCUGAACUACGAGGGAAAAGGGGACAAACUUGAGCUCAGAGGAUACAUUUUAUUGUUUGAAUAUUCCCCGGGAGGACUAUUGUUCAGUCGAAGUCAAGGUUCAUCACAAAACCAAGGUCCUGGUUCCCAGAGAACGUCAAAAAUAAAGAAAAUGGCGGAGCCGGACAAAUUAAACAUCGACUCCAUAAUUCAGCGUCUCUUAGAAGUGAAGGGCUCUCGGCCAGGGAAGAACGUCCAGCUUACAGAGAACGAGAUCCGUGGCCUUUGCCUCAAGUCUCGUGAAAUUUUCCUCAGCCAGCCAAUUCUGCUUGAACUGGAGGCUCCCCUCAAGAUCUGUGGUGAUGUUCAUGGUCAGUACUAUGAUCUGCUUCGAUUGUUUGAGUAUGGGGGCUUCCCUCCAGAAAGCAACUACCUAUUCUUAGGUGACUAUGUUGACAGAGGGAAGCAGUCCUUGGAGACCAUCUGCCUGCUUCUAGCGUACAAGGUUAAAUAUCCAGAGAACUUCUUUUUGCUGCGUGGCAACCAUGAAUGCGCCUCCAUAAACCGUAUAUACGGCUUUUAUGAUGAGUGUAAGCGACGGUAUAACAUUAAGCUGUGGAAGACCUUCACAGACUGCUUCAACUGUUUACCUGUGGCUGCCAUUGUAGAUGAAAAGAUCUUCUGCUGCCAUGGAGGUCUGUCCCCUGAUCUCCAGUCAAUGGAGCAGGUUCGCAGAGUAAUGCGACCCACAGAUGUGCCAGACCAGGGCUUAUUGUGUGACCUGCUGUGGGCUGACCCGGACAAAGAUGUCUUGGGUUGGGGAGAGAAUGACCGUGGUGUUUCUUUUACAUUCGGGGCGGAUGUGGUGGCCAAAUUUUUGCACAAGCAUGACAUGGACCUUAUAUGCAGGGCACAUCAGGUGGUAGAAGACGGCUACGAGUUCUUCGCAAAGAGGCAACUUGUUACUCUUUUCUCAGCUCCCAACUACUGUGGAGAGUUCGACAAUGCCGGUGCCAUGAUGAGUGUGGAUGAGACACUCAUGUGCUCCUUCCAGAUUCUUAAACCAGCAGAUAAGAAGUUGUAUUCUUAUGGUGGUGGUGGGGCAAUGGGAUCGGGGAGACCAGUCACUCCACCGCGAAAUUCAGCCAAGGCUGCAAAGGCCAAGAAAUAGCACCCACCGGAUCCCCUCCCCAGAACCGACCAACCCCUCCAUUGCCCCAACGUUCUUCCUCUACCUCCCGACUUGUCUCUCCCUCUGACACCAAACGGCAAUGAAGUAAACCGUAUCCAGGGUUCAGUCUUGUUUCUUUUUUUUUUUUUCCCUCCAAAAUAUUUUUUAACUUUUUGGCUGUUUGCGUGUAUAUGUGUGCCCAUGUGAGAGAGCGAAUGAGAGAGGGGUUUGUUGUAUUUAGUUUGUGUGUAUGUUUUAUUAUUUUUCUCUCCUGUACUUCUACUCUGUUUAUCCUAUCACUUUAUCAAUUUACUGAGUUGAAACCCCUCAGUGAUGUAAAUGCACACCUGGGCACU